AUGUUUUCUAACGGACUGAGGGCAUGGAGGGCUUCAGAGCUCCUCAUAAAGGAUCUGCACUUUGGUGAGGUGCCAGUGAGGAUCUACCUCCCCAGAUCACCAUCUGCCAGCAAACGGAGGGGAGUCGUCUUGUUCCAUGGAGGAUGUGGGAUGUACGGAAGCAUAAAAAGCCAUGAAAGAAUAUGCCAGCACAUAGCCAAAAAGUCUGAUUCCGUGGUGGUGUCAGUUGGGUACCACUUGGCUCCUGAGCACAGUUUCCCAACCCAGAGCUUGGACUGUGUCACUGCCACCAUCCACUUUUUGAAGACUGCCAAGAACUACGGCGUGGAUCCCGAUCGGAUCAUUGUAUGUGGGGACAGUGCAGGGGGCACUUUUGCAACAACUGCUUGCCAAGAACUUGUGAACAGAACAGACAUCCCGAAGAUACGUGCCCAGAUCUUGAUCUAUCCAUUCCUCCAAAGCUUGAACUUCAACCUGCCGUCUCACCAGAAGAAUGCUUCCAUUGGCUUGCUGUCCCUGGAACGGAUGGUCUGUUCCAUUCUGAUGUACCUGAGAAAGGAUUGCUCUUUGAUGGAAGCUGUCUUGGCAGGUUCUCACGUUCCUGAGAGCAUGAAUUUGAAAUAUGGGAAAUGGAUAGAUCCAGAUCUUAUCCCAGAGAAAUUUAAACAGGACUACAAGCCACCAUUACCCGCCUCAUACAUACCCCAGGUCCAUGAGGAAACGAAAGAAAUGUUUGAGACAAGGUUUUCACCACUCUUAGCAGAAGAUGCUGUUGUUGGCUGCCUACCUGACACCUGUAUUAUCACCUGUGAGCAUGAUGUGCUCAGGGAUGAUGGGCUGCUGUACAAGAAGCGGCUGGAAGACAACAAUAUCAAGGUGACCUGGCACCACAUUGAAGAUGGCUUCCAUGGUGUGCUGUGCUUUUUGGGUUAUGGCAUUUUCUCUUUUCCCUCAGCAAGUAAGAUAAUGGAUCACAUUGUAAACUUUAUAAAAGGCUGUUAA